AUGCGUUGCUGUGGUGUAAUCAUUGCUCGCAUCACUGUCUCUUGCCCAGAAAUCUUCGAGGCCACCGCCAAGGAUGGCUCAAAAUUUCAAUGUACUGAGUCUUGGGUCAAGAAAUUCGUACAUCAAACUCUCAAUUGGACAUUCCGUCGUGCCACUCGCGCUGCACAAAAGACCCCUUCCAAUGCCAAUCAACUCUGUCUGGACCAAUUUUAUCGUCUGACUUUAACUAUCCGUGAUUGUGCGAUCUUCAAUGCUUCCUUCUAUGUCAACAUUGACCAGACCAACAUUGUGGAAGUUGGUUCCAAGCAAGUUGCAGUGAUUGGACAGGAAGAAAAACGAGCAUUCACUGUGGUCAUUGGCAUCUCUGCCUCUGGGGAUGCUCUUCCAUUCCAGGUCAUCUAUUGUGGCAAAACUGCUCGUUCACUCCCCUCGAAAACCACACCACAAUUCAAGGACGCACAAGACUGGGCUUUUCAGCUGUGCUUCUCCAAUACCGAUACCUAUUGGUCAACAUUCCAGCUCAUGUGCGAUUAUGUUCGCAAUAUUCUAGUUCCCUACUGGACAAGACAGAAGGAGCUCGUUGGGGCUCCUGAUGACCAGGAAUGUAUCCUACAGCUGGAUGUUUGGUCAGUACACAAGGGAAGUGGAGAAAGCAAAUAUCCACUGGUCAACUAUAGGGGGAAUGCGCAAAGCGCGUGA